UUUGUGGUUUUGACACGGACACAGAGUUCAAGAGUGAUAAAAAGAGAGUGUUGUUGGGUACAGUUUGACAGUCACUAUAAGAGUUGCAGCCAACAGCAGCGGAGAGCAGAAGAAUGGAGCCAGAGGAGAUCAGGGAGGGAUAUUUGGUGAAAAAGGGUACAGUGCUAAACUCUUGGAAGGCCGUGUGGGUGGUGCUGUCAGAGGAUGGCGUGGAGUUCUUCAAAAAGAAAACAGACCGUUCUCCAAAAGGAAUGAUCCCACUGAAGGGAGCAACCCUUGUCAGUCCGUUUCAGGAUUUUGCCAAAAGGACGCUGGUUUUCAAGUUGACCACUGAGAAGAAGCAGGAUCACUUCUUCCAAGCUUCACACGUGGAGGAGAGAGAGUUUUGGGUCAAGGACAUCAAGAGAGCCAUAACCUGCCUGCAGGGGGGGAAAAAGUUUGCCAGGAAGUCGACCAGACGCUCCAUCCGCCUGGCCGACACGAUUAACCUCACUGAGCUGUACACACUAAUGAGAGACCAGGAUGAUGGAGUGAAAGAGUUGAAACUGGAGCAGGAGAACCGAGUCUUCAAUCAUUGUUUCACAGGUGUGUCGGUGGUGGAUUGGCUGAUUUCAAUGGAGAAAGCAAGAAACAGGCCUGAGGCCCUUAUGUUAGCAGCAGGGCUCCUGAAUGAGGGUUUUGUGCAGCCUGCAGGUGACCGGGCCAAAGACGGAGCAGAGAGCGCAGAGCUGACGACCUUCUUAGAUCAGACAGACGCUCUGUACUACUUUGCCGACAGUGGGUUCUUCUGUGAAGGCUACUCCAGUGAUGAAGAUGUGCUUCUGAAGGAGGAAUUCAGAGGAAAUAUCAUAAAACAAGGAUGUUUACUUAAACAGGGACACAGGCGAAAAAACUGGAAGGUGCGAAAGUUCAUCCUGAGAGAUGACCCUGCCUUUAUGCAUUAUUAUGAUCCCACCAAGGGCGAUGACCCUCUGGGCUCCAUCCAUCUCCGUGGCUCUGUGGUUACAGCGGUGGAGUUCGUCCCUGAUGCCAAAAAAUACAACAUUGACGGCAACCUCUUCGAGAUCAUCACAUCGGAUGAGGUCCACUACUUCCUCCAAGCUUCCACCAGUGAGGAGAGAAAGGAGUGGAUCAAGGCGAUACAGGCAGUGUCAAAGAGUGGCAAAUAACAGAAGAAGCAGUUAAACCUACUGUUGUAAAGGCUUGAUAUAUCACUCAUUACAUUAAACUGUGUGUCAACCAUAGACGGUAUAUAAACAACUCACAACUAAAACAUCUUAAUGUUGUACUGUGCCAUUACACAACAAUGAUAACUUUCUGCGAAAUCAGACACUCUUGUUUCUGUGAAGUAUGUAACUCACCAAAGAUAAAUAAACGUUUUAUCAUCGAA